AUGAAAAGCAAAGCGACAUCUCAAAGGAAACCAAUAACAAUUGUUUGGAUCAUCAAGACGCCAAUAAGAGCUCUAUGUAAAGCCAAAGAUAUUUACAUUAAAGGCAUCACCAAUUUCAGCAACACAUAUAGUCGCCCUGUGAUGAUCCUUGAAGAGGCUAAUCGUACAACCAUGCAGCUUCCCCGGAGUUUCAGCACCACCAUGCUACCUGACGAUCACAGUCGCCAUCAACAGCCGGAAGAACUAGUCAGGGCUAAUUCCACCAGCAGCACUCACAUUAGUAUGGCCGAUCUCGAACGCUACAUGAUACAAAAGCAAAACCACCGAUUACAACCAUGUGCCUCAAGGAAAGGUGUGCCCAGAAGUUGCAGUGUUGGGAUGGGGAGAAUCGAUGAAGAUAGGGCCUCGUCUUUCAGAGACGACUGUGUACUGUUAAAAAAUAAGGUCGUUGUUAAGGUUAAAAAUUCAAGACUUUCUACUAAUUGCAGUUAA